ACAGAUAGAAUGUUGCCCCCUUACGUCUUAUAUCAUAAAGAAGAGAAAACUAACCAUGAGAGCAUUCCUGUUGGUCGUCGUGCUUCUAGCCACCAUACCCACAUUUUCCCAUGCAGACUCCAUCCCCAACCAAAUCCACAGUCUGCGGCCGCACACCGCCGGCGGCGGCCACCACAUCCCCGGCGUCAACUGCCUGAGCUGGCGGCUCGGCGUCGAGGCCAACAACAUCCGUGACUGGGCAAUGGUCCCCCAGCAAUGCGAAGAAUACGUCGGCCACUACAUGCUCGGCCACCAGUACCGCGACGACUGCAUCGCCGUCGCCAUCUCCGCCGUCCAGUACGCCAAGAACGCCACGCUGGCCCACGACGGCAAGGACAUUUGGGUGUUCGACAUCGAGGAGACCACCCUCUCCAACCUCCCCUACUACGCCCGCUCCGACGUCGCCUUCGGGGCAACAGCAUAUAACGCCACCAAGUUUGAUGCAUGGGUUAGUGAAGGAACGGCACCGGCGGUGCCCGGAGGCGUGCGUUUGUACAGAACGCUGGUGUCUCUGGGUAUUAAGCCCGUCUUCCUCUCCGGCACAAAGCAACAGUUCAGAAAAGUGAGAAUCGCCAAUCUCAAGAAAACCGGUUAUAGCCACUGGGAGAAGCUCAUCCUAAAGGGAGCAAAUGACACGAGGACAGCAGUGGAGUACAAGUCAAAGAAGAGGACGGAGCUGGUGAAGAAAGGGUACAGAAUCAUCGGAAACAUCGGCGACCAGUGGAGCGAUUUGCUUGGGGAUAACGCCGGAGCGCGUACUUUCAAGUUGCCGGAUCCUAUGUACUACAUUGCUUGAUGAGUAGUUUCGAUAAGAUUAAUAAAUAAGAUUAGCCUGUUAGUUCUGUAGUUCAGAGGCUGCAGAUUAAGGCCUAGUUUGCAUUUCCUAUUAAGUUCAUUUGAAUUUGUUUAAUAUUUGUUUGUAUUUUCUUUGCA